AUGUACGUCGCCAUCCAGGCCGUGCUCUCCCUCUACGCCUCGGGCCGUACCACCGGCAUCGUGCUUGACUCGGGCGACGGCGUCACCCACACCGUGCCCAUCUACGAGGGCUAUGCCCUGCCCCACGCCAUCCUGCGUCUCGAUCUCGCCGGUCGCGAUCUCACUGACUACCUCAUGAAGAUCCUCACCGAGCGCGGCUACUCGUUCACCACCACCGCCGAGCGCGAGAUCGUGCGUGACAUCAAGGAGAAGCUGUGCUACGUCGCCCUCGACUUCGAGCAGGAGAUGCACACCGCCGCCUCGUCGUCGGCCCUCGAGAAGUCGUACGAGCUUCCCGACGGUCAGGUCAUCACCAUCGGUAACGAGCGCUUCCGCGCGCCCGAGGCCCUGUUCCAGCCCUCGUUCCUCGGCAUGGAGUCGGCCGGCAUCCACGAGACCACCUACAACUCGAUCAUGAAGUGCGACGUCGACAUCAGGAAGGACCUCUACGGUAACGUCGUCCUGUCGGGCGGUACCACCAUGUUCCCCGGCAUUGCCGACCGCAUGCAGAAGGAGCUCACCGCCCUCGCGCCGUCGACCAUGAAGAUCAAGAUCAUCGCCCCGCCCGAGCGCAAGUACUCCGUCUGGAUCGGCGGCUCCAUCCUCGCCUCGCUCUCCACCUUCCAGCAGAUGUGGAUCUCCAAGGAGGAGUACGACGAGUCUGGUCCCUCGAUUGUCCACCGCAAGUGCUUUUGA